GUUGCCUUUUUUUGGGGGUGGCUUUUGGGGGUUGGGUUUUUCUCCCCCCCCACCUUUCCCUCCAGCCAACACCAUCCAAAGAGGUGUUGUGGGAGUGUGUGUUGUGUGUCCCCCUCCUGCCUUUUCAUUCUUUGGCCAAAAAAAGAAAAGGAAAGGGGAUUGGGAAAAGGGCAGGCCACCCCGGCUUUGGCACUUCGAGGAAGAGGAGGCCGGCUAGCCUGGGGAGGGGGCUUUUUUCCGCGAUGGACGAGCAGCCGAGGCUGAUGCAUGCCCACACCGGGGUGGGCAUCGCCGGGCACCCCGGCCUGGCCCAGCAUCUUCAGGACGGGGCCGGGGGCGCCGAGGGCGAGGGGGGCAGGAAGCAAGACAUUGGAGACAUUUUACAACAGAUCAUGACCAUCACGGAUCAGAGUUUGGACGAAGCCCAGGCCAGGAAGCACGCUCUCAACUGCCACAGAAUGAAGCCGGCCUUGUUUAACGUGUUGUGUGAAAUCAAAGAGAAGACGGUUCUGAGCAUCCGGGGGGCUCAGGAGGAGGAGCCGACGGACCCCCAGCUGAUGCGGCUGGACAACAUGCUGCUGGCCGAGGGCGUGGCGGGGCCGGAGAAGGGCGGAGGGUCGGCGGCCGCGGCGGCCGCUGCGGCCGCAUCCGGAGGAGCCGGCUCUGACAACUCCGUGGAGCACUCCGACUACCGGGCCAAGCUGUCCCAGAUCCGGCAGAUCUACCACACCGAGCUGGAGAAAUACGAACAGGCGUGCAACGAGUUCACGACGCACGUGAUGAACCUGCUGCGGGAGCAGAGCCGGACGCGGCCCAUCUCCCCGAAGGAGAUCGAGCGUAUGGUCAGCAUCAUCCACCGCAAGUUCAGCUCCAUCCAGAUGCAGCUCAAACAGAGCACGUGCGAGGCCGUCAUGAUCCUGCGCUCGCGCUUCCUGGACGCCAGGAGGAAGAGACGGAACUUCAACAAGCAGGCCACGGAGAUCCUGAACGAAUAUUUCUAUUCUCACCUCAGCAACCCUUACCCCAGCGAGGAAGCCAAAGAGGAGCUGGCUAAGAAAUGCGGCAUCACGGUUUCCCAGGUAUCAAACUGGUUUGGGAAUAAGCGAAUCCGGUACAAGAAGAACAUAGGUAAAUUUCAAGAAGAAGCGAAUAUUUAUGCUGCUAAAACCGCUGUCACAGCUACCAAUGUGUCAGCUCAUGGAAGCCAAGCCAACUCACCCUCAACUCCUAAUUCAGCUGGUUCUUCCAGCUCUUUUAACAUGUCAAACUCUGGAGAUUUGUUCAUGAGCGUGCAGUCCCUCAAUGGGGAUUCUUACCAAGGGGCUCAGGUUGGAGCGAACAUACAGUCACAGGUGGAUACCCUUCGCCAUGUUAUCAGCCAGACAGGAGGAUACAGUGAUGGUCUCACCGCCAGUCAGAUGUAUAGCCCGCAGGGCAUCAGCGCUAACGGGGGUUGGCAAGAUGCGACCACCCCCUCAUCCGUCACCUCCCCCACAGAAGGCCCCGGCAGCGUCCACUCUGAUACCUCCAACUGACCUCUCGGCCCUCGCAUCCCUGGCCUGACCCCCCUCCCCCCCGACCCAGGCGGGGGCGGCGGGGUGGGGGGGAGACCCCCGAGGGAGGCUCGCUCUCCCCGCCGCCGAAACCGUCCGCCUGGAGGUCAAAGCGAUCGGCCGACACAAUACGAGUCUCUCCUCUUCUGUCCUUUGGGAUGCUGUUUCAGCCAAUCUGGACACUUCUUUCUACUCUCUUCCCUUUCUUUUCUGGGUAGAAGCCUCUCUCCUUCCUCCCCGCCUCCUCCAGCUGUCCCUCCUUCCCCCACUCCUGCCAUCGUCCAUCCGCGCCCCCUCCCACCCACUUCACGGAGGGAUCGCUUCGACCGUUAGCGGGAUUUAAAGAGGAAAACAGAGCGGUCGCAAAGAGGAAUAAUCGAAGCGUUUGUACGUUUCCCUGCUGAUGGGUUUGGGGGGGACGGGUUUUACCUCGCUCGACCCUCACCCCCAGGCAUAGCGAGCUCCCCGUCCCCAAUCCCCCACAGCCUGGCUUGUAACUCAUUCUACCUCUCCAUGGAGCCCACCCUCCUGCCCCUCGCAUCGCUAGGACCAGGGUGGCCGCCACGUUUCCACUUCGGGUGGGUCGGGGGCGGUGGGGAGGGUCCCCGGACGGUCUCUCCCGGCUGACCGUUCCCAGGACCGCUCUGUUAAGGGGGGAUCAAGGAAACCCCCGCCCACCCUGCCAACUCCAAACUGGAGACAAGCUUCUUCCCCCCUCCACGGGCCCUCCGUGCCGCUAGGCCGGACGCGGGCGCUGACUGUGAGGGAGGGUUUUUGCCCGGAGGAGGGGAACUUUGCGGGGGUCUAGUCGUCAGGGGGAAGGGGGUGGAUGGGACCACGUCUCUCCUCGUUGCCGUAAGCGACGGUCCCCAUGCCCUCCUGAGGGAGAGGCGCUCGCCUCAUGGGAAGUUCCAAUACCACAGCGAUGGCCGCCAGUCAUUAGGGCUCUUCAGAGCCACCUCUGCAAGCAAUAAAGCCCGUCCCUGCACCCCCUGACCGAACUUCGGUUCCCAAAUUCCGCCCGGGGCUCCGUUUUGGUAUUUCCUUGUGGUACUUAUUGAGCGCUUACUAUACGCUAAGCGCCAGGAUAGGUACAGGGCCAGCCGGUUGGUCACAGACCCUCGUGAACCCUCACGGAGCUCACAGUCGAAGGGAGAGCGGGAAAUCUAAUCUCCCCCCCCCACCCGUUUUGCAGGUGAGGAAAGUGAGGUCCGGUGACUUCGCCAAGGUCGCCCAGCAGGCCGGGGGCCGAGCGGGAUCUAGACUUGGAUCUCGCCGGCUCUCUUGCCCGUCCCGAUGGCGGGGAGGGUCUCACCGACCUCCCCAGGGAGGGUGAGCGAGGUUCGGUGGGCCAUGUCGCCCGAGGGCUCGGAGACGGUCCGACUGAGGGGGCCACCCCUCUUCCCACACGCUCCCGCCGGGCUGUCCUAGCGAAAAGAGGGAUGGGUGCCAUUUCCGAACGAGGAGGAGGUCGGUUUCCAAUCCGGGGGGCAAGGCCCGACCGGCCCCUCCGCUGGCGAUGGCCACGAGGAGCAUUCCGGGAGGUGCCCGGCCGGCCCUUUCCUUGGGCUCCCUGCCCCAACUCCGAGUGGACGCAGUCCUCCUCCCCGCAGCCACCAGCUCCAGGGAGCAGUGAGGAGAAGGUCGACCGGAGACGAGAGCCCGGAGACGGCCCUGUUGAGGAAAGCGGGGUGUGGGACCCCCGAAAGGAGGGGGUGGGCCUGGAAGUGGGGAGCCCUUCUAGACUGUGAGCCCGUCGUUGGGCAGGGACCAUCAACUUGUACUUCCCAAGCGCUUA